AUGGUAGACCUCAUCCCCUCCUCCUCAGCAUCAUCGGCAGCUCCCUCGCCUGUUGAGAAGCCUUCUCUACCUGAUCCUGAGCCGGUGGCAGAAGUCUUUGGUGCUGAUCACGACGAGAAAAAGAGCUUGCCCGAUGCAAGCGAUACCUCCGCAGACUCUUCCGGCUAUCAGCUGCAGUCGCACGAACGCUAUCCGCCCGACUACGGUAUCAAAGCCUGGACUUGCGUAUUUGGUGCAUUCUGCGGCAUCUUCGCCUCCUUCGGCUACAUCCAAGUCAUCGGCGUCUUUACCGAAUACUACGGCCAGCACCAACUCCAAACAUACUCCUCUUCUCAGAUCGCCUGGAUCACCUCGGUCCAAACUUGGCUUACCGUCUUCUGCGGUGUUAUCGUCGGCAGACUCUAUGAUAUCUUCGGCCCUACCCCUCUUAUCAUUCCCGGCGCAAUCAUCAUGAAUCUCGGAAUCAUGAUGACCUCUCUCUGUACCGAAUAUUAUCAAUUCAUCUUAGCACAAGGCAUCUGCACCGCUCUGGGUGCCUCCCUGUUGUUCAAUCCUUGCGUCUCCGCCAUCUCAACCUGGUUUGUCAAACGCCGUGCUACCGCCUCCGGUAUUGCCAACGCAGGCUCUUCCCUCGGAGGCGUCAUCAUUCCAAUCAUCUUUCGUAAUGUCGAAAAGCGUGCCGGAUUUGGCUGGGGAGUGCGCGCUGUUGGCUUCCUUCUCACCUUCUUCUCCGUCUUAUGCUGUCUCACCGUCACCUCCCGACUUAACCCUCCCGGCCGACAGCCUAUCCGCUUCUAUCAGAAUUAUCUCAAACCAUUCGGUAUCCCGGAGUUUGGCCUUGCAGCUGGAGGUGUCUGCCUAGCUUAUUGGGGGCUUUUUAUUCCCAUCUCUUUUGUUCCGAACCAUGCCGUUGCUCAUGGAUUUUCGCAGACCCUUUCUUCAUACCUUAUAUCUAUCCAGAACGCAGCUUCGUGCUUUGGUCGUGUUGUUCCUGGCCUACUAGCCGACAAGCUCGGAAGAUUCAACAUGUAUGUUUUUGGGGCAUUUCUGUGUGCUAUCCUAACUAGUGCGCUUUGGAUCCCAGCGUCGUCCCACGUUGCCAUUAUCAUGUAUGCUGCCCUUUAUGGCUUCUCUUCUGGUAUCGCGUUCACUCUAUGGCAGCCCAUGAUUGCCGACAUCUCCCCCCCUCAACAAGUUGGUGCUCGAAUGGGGGCGGUUUCAGCUGCCCUCUCGUUCUCUUCUCUUUUCGGAAUGCCUGUCGCUGGUGCAAUCAUCGAUGCUAACAAUGGUUCCUAUUGGGGCGCUGCUGUCUUUGCUGCCUGCAUGAUGGCCGCAGGUGGUGUCGUUGCAUUUUUCUCAAAAUUAGUUCUUACAAACUGGAACAUCUUCUCCCUGAAAUAG